UGGCCAUUCUUACAACUUGCUCCGCGUGCGGGGCCUAACAAAUAUUCCGGAUUAUGCUAACCAUCUUACAGAGCUUAGUAUCGCCCCAACAGCAGACACAUAUUUCCGGUAAGAGAGUAAAGUAUGGACGCGUCAAUCGAAUUUGAGGAGAAAUUACGGGAGUCUGCUUGCACUGGUGACAUCGAAUCCAUAAGAAAAUUGAUAGAAAUACAGAAUACCAAUGUUAAUUGUCAGAACCGAAUGAAUGGAUGGACCGCUUUACAUUGGGCAGCUAAGCGUAAUCAUCGGACAGUUGUAGCCUAUCUCCUCUCCAAGGGAGCUACACCCAACCUUCCCAACAAGGAAGGGGAAUAUCCGGCUCAUCUAUGCAGUGAUGCUGAUAUUCGAGAAAUGCUUGGAGCAGGUGAAGUGACAGAGGUAAAGCAGUCUCAGUUGCCGAUCAACCCAGGAUAUUUAGCUAAUCCACCAUUUCCCUACACACAGCCUGGCUAUGGAAGUGGUACAGCUGCCAAUCAGGAAUCCACUAUUACAUCAGAGUCUGCAAUAAGGCCCCGACAAACCACCAAUUUGGAUGAAAAUGAAGUUGUGCUGAAAAUAAGACUGGCUAAUUCAGACGAGCGAGACUUUCUUGAAGUGGAACUCGAUAGGUCAAAUAUGAGUUUUGAAUCUUUGUUGAAUAUCAUGUGCAGAGAACUUGUAGUUGAUCGUCGAUCAGUACAAAAAAUUAGGAAACUGCCUGACACUAUCGUAAGGAAAGACAAAGAUGUUCGCCGCAUGCGUGAUUUCCAAGAACUUGAGUUAGUGUUAACCAACAGAGCGAUGAGCAGUUCUUCUCGAAACUAUAGUGGCCAUCAGGGAUCUGGAUUGAACAAUGGAGUACGUAAUGAACAAAUAUUAUAUUGAUUGCAUUACCAGGUAUUUUAUUUAUUACAAAACAAGUUCAUAAUAUCAUAUGGAUAAGAACAUGCUUAGCAUGUUCAUAAGGAUCAGAUCUGGAAAUUCAGAGGCCUGUGUACAUAUUCCCUACUUGGGACCAUGUUCACUGAACCUUGUGUACAGAACUAUUACCUGGGGUUAUGUCCCCUGAUGAGCUUAUCAUCUCUUGAAUCAUUAAUGUUAUUCUUUUUUUUUACUCAGCCAUUUGCAGCUCGUAUGAAAAUGAUGAACACGAUGACAUUUUCAAAGUCAUGAUAUGAAUAAUCAAAUAUUGUCAUGUAAAUGUUUUUAUUUUCAUAAAUAGGUGCCAGGCCAAGCAACAUAUAAAACAGGAAAGUAUAAAAUAUAAACUUAAGGUAUCCAUAAUUCAGCAGCAUUAUUACAUUUUCAAAUAUUUGAUAGUUUGAUAGCAUUAUAAAUAAUAGUUCAGUACCAGUAUUUAUGUUCCUCCAUAUCAAGCAUGUUUUAUUAUUGUUGUGAAAUAUCAAUUUUCAUUUGAUUUGGAUUUUUAAAAUAAAAGUUGGUGAAAAAAGUAGCGAUAACUUUAAAUUAUCUGCCAUAAUUACAUAUAUAAUUAUUUGUGAAAAUAAUGCUUUAUACAUACCCUGAAAGAAUAAUUUUCAUCUCAGAUAGGGCCACGGUGGCCUAGUGGUUAAGGUGUCCCGACACUUUACCACUAGCCCUCCACCUAUGGGUUGCGAGUUUGAAACCCAUGUGCGGCAGUUGCCUGGUACUGACCUUAGGUCCGUGAUUUUUCUCUGGGUACUCUGGCUUUCCUCCAACUUCUAAACCAGACUCGUCUUUAAAUGACCCUGGCUGUUGAUAGGAUGUUAAACAAAAGAAACCAAACCAAAUUUCAUCUCUGAAGAAAAUGUAUCAGAAAUUUUGUAUAACUGUUCAGUCAGUUUCACCCUUGUAAUACUAUUGAUGAUGCAGAUAACUAGGCAGAAACCUGGCCUCGGAUAGAAACCCCAUUGUUUAUUAUAUAUAGCUCUGGAAUCAUGUGUAUUUGCUAUUAGGAAAGCCCUAAUUUUUAGCUUGUCUCUUCGAAGAAGAGGAAGAGUUAAUGUUGUCACCCCAGUGUCGGUGUUGGUUUUCUAACUUUUCUAAUUAAUAUCCCUUGGGGUUAAGCUAUCACAUCCUGAAGUUGAACUGAAAGAUAUUUAAAAACAAAAAGCAUUUCAACAUGUUUUUGAGUUAUUAUGUAAACAAAAACUUAAAGUUAUGAUGCAAGUGUUGAAAGGCAUUAGCACAUCACGUUAUGAUAGUACUAGGGUACUGAUACAUGUAUUUAACAUUAGAGUCCCUGUGGGGUUAGACUAAUCACUCCUUGAGUCAAACGAAGGGAGUUUUGGAAAAAAAAAAAUUACCUGCUUUAUGUUUUGGACUGACAUUUUUUCCAUUUUUGAAGAUAUCAAGUGGUUUUUCAGCUAUUUAUGAAUAAUGACAAUUAAGGUUGAGUAUAACAAAUUAAUUCUGUCAAGUACACAAUAUUAAUCUUAUUUAUCCAAAAUAAAAAACAAUACCGAUUUAUAUAUUUUAAUUAUUUGUUGACAAACAUUUGGGAGAUGAGUUAUGCUGUUCUACUACAGCUUUUGUUUAUUUUAAUAAUGUCUUAAUGGUAUGAUCAAAUAGAAAUAAAUGUGAUAGGGGUUUUAAUUUAUUUUUAUUAGUUUUGUUAGGAUGAAAUUGGAAGUUUUCUUCUCACAAAUAGUCAGUAAUAACUAUUGUGUAUCAUUUUGUUUGUAGUUUAUAUUAAAAUUUUGUAUCAUCCUUUUUUAGCCCACCAUCAUCAGAUAGUUUGCUAUUCAAAUCGCUCUUUGUCUCUGUUCCAUCCUUGUUAUUGCUAUUUCUUGAGAAGUAGUGGAAUGGAUUUUUCUGUGAAACUUCAAACAUAGGUUCCUGUUGGUUUUGAGUCUGCUCCAGAAAACAAAAUAGCCAACAGGCAGUCAUUUUGAAUUUUUACAGCUUAAGUUUGUUUGUUUUUACUUGAAAAAUACUGGAAGGAUUUUUCAUGUGCAGGGGUUUGCCUUCCCUAGUUGUGCCCAUUUGAUUUUAAGUCUGAUACAGACAACAAAAUGGCUGGCAGUUGAAUUUUAGUAUUGCUUUUUCACAGAAAGUUCUUCUUAGAUCUCUUAGAUUUCAUAUGUAUGUCCUCCUCAUUAUCAAAUCAUUAAGUAGAGAGAAGAUCAGUCUAACAUUGAACCAAUAAAGAUCUUUCAAUGGUGGGUGCCAAAAACCCUCUAGGAUCUCUCAUUUUUUCAAUGAACAAUCCAAAUUCUGUUUUGGUAGUUGAAUUCAUAAGUCAGGAAAUCCAGAAUGAACCUUAAUUUUGCUUGGACAUAUAUCCUUCAAGGAGAUAUGUAAUCAUAUUUUUUUCCAACUGGAAUCUCCCUCUGCUUACAUACUGUAUCGAGAUGCCAUGAAAAAUCUUCAUGAAUGAAGAAUGUGCAAUAGGAGUCACUUUGCCUCCUCCCACAAAUAACAUGUUUUUCUAGAUUGGUAAAACAUUCCAAUUAAAAUGAAACUUGUAAUUUCAAGUCCUCUAUAUAUCUAAGAUACACUGCAAUACGUAUACAAGAUCAAUCUUGUAGUGCAGUCUUGUAUUGCAGUGUAUCGUAGAGGAGCGGAAAUCACAAGUCUUAUUUUACCAAUAUUGGGUACUACCUCAUUAUGCUGCAAUUUAAUUGUUGAAUGUAUAUCCCCCAAGGUCUUUUGUGUUACAGAAUAUUUAUAAUGUGUCAGAUAUAUCUCGUUUGUGAUUUCAUUUUCAGUACCGAUUUGUUUUCUGUAUUUUCUUAUUUUGAAUGGCAAUACAUUCGAUUAUGUGAUAACAUUGAAGUAUAUAUCCACUUAUAAUAUCAUUUCCUUUCUUUUCUGUCUUUUUUUGCAACACUUUUUUUACAAAUAUAUAAAAAUACAUACAUUUAGAAAUAUAGAUGUAGUAUGAAAUGCAUUUUUUCUCCACCAAUCAAUCAGUUAUUUUGCAUUUGUAUAAAAAUAUCUGCUGGCUUUUUAUACCUUUAAGUCAUUAUUCAGAAAUUGAUUACCAGAAUUAUACAGUCGCCAUAAUACCAUUUCAUGUAGUUUUUUUGUGUUGAUGAUUCUGUGAGAAAAGGGAUAUAAUCCUCCUCACUCCUGAUUCAACAGAAAACCCAAUUUUGCCAAUAUCAUGAUCUGAUCAGACAGUGUGAAAUAAUAGAAUUGUCUGAUCUUUCAUUAUCUUUGAGUGUGAAAUAAUAGAAAAAAAAAUAAGUUUCUUCAGACCAAUUCAAAAAUAAUAGAAAAAAAAUAAGUUUCUUCAGACCAAUUCAAAAAAUCUUUCCAAGUUAAUGGCGUGCUUAGAAAAAACCCCGACCUUUUUGAAGUUUACAAUAAUUAUUAUAUUUAGUAAUUUAAUUGAUAAUUUUUAUAAUUUGCUCCUUGAUCCAUUUGGGAAGUGGCAUUCGAAAAACUGCAAGAGCCGAUUUAUGAUGUUGGAGCGUUCUCUGAAUAUCUCACAUGAACAUCAGUUGAUAAUUUUUUUUUGAAACAUCUGUUAAUAUUCUGCUUUUGAUAUAACCAUAGAUGUAAUGUUUUUAUCUGCUUAAUUUUUGACAAAAUUAACAAAAAUGUUUGUGUGAUCCGAUUAUGGAUCAAUGUGUGCAGAAUUAGUUAUAUGCAAUAAAGAAUUAGAAAUCCC